AUGUCGCAGCACCGACAACCCCUCCAUAAACCCCUUCACCUCGUGGGCCACGGUCGUCGACUGCGGGGACAUCGCAAACACCCCCUUCGACAAGCUGGCGGCCAUCAAGCAGCUGCAGAAUGGCAUGGAGACCAUACUGUCCGGCGAAACAAGCAGCCUCCCCGUCCUCCGAGCCCUGUACAAGAACAAAGCCCCAUCGCAGUGCUCCACUUCGACUCGCACCUCGACUCCUGGGACCCGAAAGUCCUGGGCGGCGGCAUCUCGAAAUGCAGCGACAUUAACCACGGGUCCAUGUUCCAUAUCCUGGCCGAGGAGGGUGCUCUUCUACCAGACGCAAACGUGCACCUGGGCACUCGGUCGAUGCUCUUCGAUGCUACCGCGGACUUGGAGAAUGACGCGCGGUGUGGAUUUUCAAUCAUCAGGGCGUCGGAUAUCGAUCGGAUUGGGGUUCAGGGUAUUAUUGAGCGGGUCGGAGAUAUUGUGGGAGAUAUGCCGGUUUAUGUUAGCAUUAACGUGGAUUCACUGGAUCCGGCAUAUGCACCUGCAACAGGGACUCUGGAGAUAGGAGGCUGGUCGACCCGUGAGAUGGUCCAGGUGCUGAGGGGUCUGGCUGCGGCGGGGAUCAAGAUUGUGGGAGGCGAUGUGGUGGAGUUCUCGCCGGUGUAUGAUAACACGGCUGGGACGACGGGCAUGGCGGUGGCGCAUAUUGUGUAUGAGUUGCUAAUGUGGAUGGUCCAAGUGCCUGUCACAUAA